CUGACCACAAUGAAUUCCUUCAUUAUCUUAGGCUGGGUUCAUGCUAACAUCAUAUUCUAAUUAUUCUCAUAGGCACAUACUAGGAUGGCCAUUUGAGUCUGUAUGUUUGGUUCACUAUUGUUUUUGAGAAAGUCAUAUUAUCAUCUGAAGGUUAAGUAAAAAUUGUAUAGGAAAAUAAUAAAAUACCAGUGGUGGUACAAAUGAUACACUUUCAUAAAACAGAGUAUUCAUUCAUCACUUAUUUUGUAGUGUUAAUUGUAUAGGGCCAAGAAUAUACAUGAACCAAUGCCACAUACCAUAACAUUAGUAGCCAAAGCUUAUUUGCAUUUCCUGUCCCUAGAUGGGCCUUUAAAAUGCAGAAAACUCAACAAUAAAAUACAUACAGACCAGAACAAAGCAGAAAACUCAACAGUGUUAUCCUACAUACAUGCUAGGAAAGUACCAAAGGCCAGCGUUGAUGUCUAUAAUAAAACAUAUAAAGUACAGUGAAAGAACAAAAGUACAAAAAUGAAAGAAGUUGUGGUUGCAUCAUCCCUGGUCUGUUGGUAUUAAAUCUCCAUCCUGUUAUUUUUUUGGAUUUACAUUAACAUCAACUGUUUGUACUAUAUGAAACAACAGAUUUUCUGUGUUGAGGGAAUCUUUACUUAAAGACUGUGAGAGAUGACAACUUGAUCUUUUGGUGUUGAGCCAAAAUAUGAAGGAAAAAAAAAAAACCCUGACGUCCUCUUAGCACACCUUGAAAGUAAAACUGGCUUGAGAGAUGGCAGUUUCAGUCUGUUGGUCCUUCGCAUUCGUCAACUGAAAUUUUCUCAACAACUAUUGGAUGCCAUGAAAUUUUUUUUUUUUACAGACAUUCAUAGUCCCCUGAGGUUGAAGUCUACUGACUGUAGUGAUCCCCUGGCUUUUCCUCUAGUGGCACCAGCAGGUUGACAUUUGACAGAGAAUGAACCCUAUAGACUUUACUGAUGUCUAAUUGACAAGUUGAUAAAAAAAAAAAAAAAAAUUAAAAAAACACAUUAGGUGCAGAUAUUCUGACUGAGUGCUACUAUGAGUUUGACAUUUUUCUUUUUCAGUGAAUUAUCCCAACAGCUGAUGGAUGGAUUUCCAACAAAUUUGCUCAGGAUGAGUUGUAAUAACUUUGACGAUCCCUCAGGUUUCCAUGUAGCACCAUAAUCACAUAAACACUUCAUUUAGGUGUUUGUUUAAUCUUUUAAAAUAAACUUUGGACGCAACUUGCAUGAACCUUUUUAUUUCCAGAUAAAAAAUAUCCAAAGGACUGAGCCAUGAAUCUCUUUUUGUUACCUUCUACCAGAAAAUCCAGACAAUCCCUUUUUCAAUUGGAAGAGGAUGGUACGUCCUGCUGGGCUUUUGUUUCCUGUGAGAGGAAAACUUCAAUCACUUCAACUCUCUGUCUUCAUUGGUCCUUUUACCGUUUCAUGAGGUCUCUCAAGGUGUCAACUGAUUGGUCCUUCUUUCCACUUGGAAGACUUGUCAGCCAAUCAGCCUCUGCCUGGCAGUGUCUCCUCUGCAGCAGAUUUCUGCUUCAGUCGGGACAGAGCACAACAAGACAGCGAGAGAGGGGAGAGAUCGAGCUGCACUGCAGCUGAAUCAGGGAUUCUGCACAAGUGAUCUCUCAUCAUGGAGGUGCCGAGGAGGCCUCAGCCCUCCUCCUUCACACUGGCUCUCCCUAAACCAGCCUCGCCUGCGCUGUCUCCGCUUGGAGCUGUAAAGAAAGUCGCCAAGAAAGAUCCGAUGAAAGAGAAUCUCCAGGAGAAGGAUGGAACCACAGAGAGAAAUCAAUUUGGAGAGGAGACAUGCAGUACAGAGGAGUCAGACGUGUCCGUGUUUGUUGAAGAAGCAGCAGCCGAGACCUCUGAACUUGUAGAUUCAAAUGCUUCCGCUGUAAACUCGAGACUUUCCUCGCAGGAUAGUUUCUCAGAGGAAAGCUCAAUAUCAGAGGAGAGGUUAGCACAGGAGGCUGAAGAGGCCAAAAAGAAGUCGGAAGAGGAUGAAGCGGCAGCUAAAGAGAGAGAGGCCCAGAGACAGCUGCUGUCCAUAGAGGAGCUGGUUCAGUCUGAGAGGAAUUAUCUCCGACUGCUGCAAGUUAGCACUGUGACCAUCCGGAGCAACCUGCAGAAACUACAGCCUCCUCUAGCCAACCUGGACAGCAUGUUUCUCUACAUCGAGGAGGUGAUCGACGUGUCCGGUCGACUCCUCAGCUUGUUGGACCAGAAGCAGGUUCGGCCUGGAGACCCUCUCUUCCUGGAGACACUCUGUGAUUCCUUCCUCAGCCUGUCCUCAGAGAUUGAAGCAGCCUAUAAGGAAUACUUGGCCAACUACAACCACAUUACAGUGGUGGAGAACAGCUACAAACAGAAGGAGGGGCUCUGGAACGAGAUUGUCAGCGUCAUCAAGGCCUCAGCGCCUGAAGUAAAUGCCACCUCUCUGAGUUUCUUCCUGGUGAUGCCAGUGCAGCGUAUCGCCCGUUACCCCCUCCUCCUGCAGACCAUACAGAAACACACCGACCGAGCUCACCCAGCUUAUGCACUCCUGGAGCAGACUGCUCACACCUCUAUUGCCUUAAACUGUCGGAUCAAUGAGUACAAACGCUUCAGAGAAGUUGCUGACAAAUACAAGAAGACAGAAACCCUAACCAUCAAGGACAAGAUCAACCGCCUCAACUCCCACAGCAUUGCCAAGAAGACAGCGAGGCUCAGCCAACAGAUCAAACACGAGACUGGAAUAGCACCUAAGCUGGUUGAUGAAGAGUUUGACGCCCUGGAGGGCUUCUUUUACGUUCUGGAGCAUGGGAUCCUGGAGCUCCUUGAGAAUGUGGAGACAUACCUGCACCACCUACAGGGGUUCCUGGCCUGCAAAACAGAGGAGUUUGACUUUGAUAUGGAUGGAGAGAAGGCUCCUAUUAGUUACAAGGAGAUCACUACAGCGCUCAGACAGUGGAUUCUUCCUACAUUUGAGAAGAGGAUGAGGACGUUGAUGCACAAGCCGCUGUGUGCACUCCGUGACCUCCUGGUGGGCCCGAGGAACCUGAUCAGGAAGAGGCUGGACAAGCUGCUCGACUAUGAAAUGAUAGAAGCCAAAUCUAAUCUGAGCUACGAGGAGCAGGCUGUGGCCAACACCUACAGGACAAUCAAUACUUUGCUCCUUAACGAGCUUCCUCGGUUCAACGGUUUAGCUCUGCAGAUGAUCUGGAGCAUGUUGGGGACGUUCAGCUGUCUGCAUAAAGACCUGGCCUCAGACAUGGAACAGCUUUUCCAGAGCUUUGCACAACAGCUGCCUCACAGCUCUUUCAGCCCCGGUGCAUUCUGGGAGUGGGCGGAGUCUGCAGUGCUGGAAGGGGCGAGGAAGCUGGACACUCUGUGUCGAAGUGUGGAGGACACACUCAAUGCGCCUGUCGUUCAGCCUCUGAGCCCAUCCUCGCAGCGCCGUCUGAAGCAGCUAACAGAUAAGCACGGCUCUGGAAAGAUCUAUCAAGUGAUAGGGACGGUGGUGGGCAGCCGAGACCUGGACCUAAACCUGGCCAAAGGGGAGCUGGUGGCCAUUAUCAGCGAGGCCGACAGCCGUGGAGACAAGCGGAGAUGGCUGAUUGAUGCAGGAGGUAGAAGAGGCUACGCUCCUUCCUCAAAGCUGAUUCGCUAUCAUCAGCCAGCAGAGGACCCGCCUCCUUCGCCACACCUGACCCUGCCAGAAGACAUGACGGGAAUCAGGAGACACUCCUACACGCCAGAGAACCGGCCACUGACGGUCAUGAGCCAGCCUUGCUUCCAGGUGUUGGCAGCCUAUGACUUCAUAGCAAGAGGAAACCAUGAAGUUUCUAUGCGGGCCGGGGAGCCAGUCCGGGUCCUGGAGCACCACGACAAACGAGGGAACCCUGAAUGGAGCCUGGUGGAGGUGAAAGGUGGGCAGAGGGGUUACGUGCCCUCCAACUACCUCGCCAUCAUGCCUAUGGGGAUGGGACCGCCUGGCUGUCACCAGCCCUACUGAUAAGAAGAAAGGGUAGAGGGGAAACCAGCAGCAUCUACAGCAUCAGUGUGUACAGUACAGAAAGGCUUUCACCCAUACUGUCUUUAGAAGGCUUAAAGUGGCAGGUUUGUGAUGAAGCUGCACCUGCUUCUCAAAGCUGAUGGAAGCAUGUAAGCUAUCCACAUCAUGACCAUCAUUUAUUUAGCUUUUCAGUGUCAAAAUCAGUUUUCAAACAGUCACAAAACCACUGAUCUAUAAUCUACUAAUCUAUAAUUAUGCAAUGCUACUGUGUGAGCACUAAAAAGGCCAAAGUCUGUUAGUGGACUGCUUUCAAUUUACAAUGGGAAUAUUUAAAUUUCUCUCCAUGCCUUUUCCUACAACUGUGCAAACUAGUGUGUUGAGAAAGGAAAUGAAAGUAAAAGAAAAAUGAAGUUUACUUAAUCUGACCUUUUAUACAAGUAUGGGAUUAUUGGCCUUCUUCUUCUGCACUAACUAACUUUUUUAAACAUCUCACUGCUAUAUGCCAUUUAUGCUCUAGCCAAACUUCUAAAAUUACUUAACGGAGCAACAGUGUGAAAAUGGCAGAAAGUUGCUUAGCAAAAUAAGCAGAAACAGGUGCUGGAUCGAAGCAGCUGGAGCAUGUGCAAUAGAAAACAUUUAUAUAUUUGUACUUGUUGUAAGGUUUCAGAGUUGACAGUAAAACCUGUGGAACAAUCUCGACUGUUAGCAUAGGUAGAAAAACUGUUCAAUAUAUGAACAGUGUUUUAGGUUAUUUCUGGCUUCGGCUCCUUAGAAUCCUCUGGCCUGUACAAGUGUUAAUGUGUGUCACACUGGGGAAAAAAACUGGAGAAAGCAGCAGCCCCAGAGCUGCUAGUUAUAUGCUCAUGCUCAUGGACACUUGGGCAGCGUGUAUGCCUGUGAAGACAGAAUUUAACCCUGUAUCUAAAGGCUAAAGAACAAUCAUUAUGUUGCACUGCAAUUUUUUUAUGAGCAGUGUUAUAAAAAACAAAAAAACAGAAGUGCCACAAAAAAUGGGAAAAUAUUUUUGAAGGUGAGCGGGGUUCAUUUGACAUGAACUUGAAGAGAGGUCUCUGGAUAUAAAGACCCUUGGGCUCAUUUCCCACGAGCCUCAGUGGCAGACUGCGUGUUCUUGCUUGAGUGUCCAUGUGUUAGCAAGCUAACCAGAACACUUAGACACACAUAGAGAGAAAAAAAAAGUGUGUGCAUCUGUGUGUGUGUGUGUGUGUGUGCAUCUGUUCGAUGUGAAAUUGGGCUGACAGGUGAGUGUGUGUGAUACUAUGUGUGUAUGUGUGUGUGUGUGUUAAGUCUCCGCCUCCUCACCUGGAGGCAGGAUCAGCACUGUAUCAAGACUGACAGGUACACAGCGCUCUCAUCAUCUCAGACUGUGUAAUGUGAUGUAAAUGUAAAAAUGUCUCCAGGCCCCGGUAGAAGAGAGAGUGGAGCGAGAGAGGAGGAGGUGGAGAUGUAAAAAGAGAGGAAGGAAUUCAUACUGGGAGAGGAGGUGAAGGAGUUGCGGGAAAAAAUGGAAGAAAGACAUGUGGAGGAAUAGCAGGCUGGGGGGAUUUUUUUUAAUCUCUAUUUUCCUGUUCAGCCUCCUUCCUUUUCCCUUUUUUCCCAUAAACUGAUGUAAAUUCACUCUUCUCUUCCUACAUUCACUCCUGCUUUUAUUCUCUCAGCUUUUAUAACAGUAAGAACUCUGUUCCUCCAUUCUGUAUACGUAGACACCUGAUAAUGCUUGUUGCUAUGGAUACGGUUCAAUCAAUGCAGGUCGCAUCUCUCUGGCAUUUCUUCAAGUUGGCUGGACUGUGAGAGCAUUUAGCUGCAGCAGAAAUUUUGAAGUUGUUUUUGUCGGUUAAGUGGAAAUAUGCCGCUUUUUCUCCCAGUGCUCUGUACAUUCAGCGGCUCGUCAUGAGAUUCACAGAAGCUGCGUUCCUAAAAAAGGUGCAGGGUCUGAGUACCUCCUCCUCUAUCUUUGACAUGCAUUUUAUUUCUAUGGGUCAAAGGUUUUAAAUCAUGGUACAUUAAGUGGUGUGUUUAUGGAAGAAAACUCUCCAGGUUGGUGCAACAUCUGAAGAUAUCAUUAAUAUCUUUUUAAGUUAGAUAAUGUCCUGACAUACUAUUUGGAUUUGGAGUCUUCAUCUCCAUUAGCUCAUGUUUGCUAUUUGUAUUAUGGUGAAAGGUGGUGAAAUAGAUUCAGAUCAACGUCAAAAUAUCCAAGUGGUCAGUGGUUGGCCCCGGGUUUUCAGCUAGCUCAUAUCUGACAAAUUAAUAGGUUAAAGAAAAGAACAUUAAUCAAAAGUACUUGUAUGUAGAAAGACUUUUUAAAAUGUUUUAAAUUUUUUUCUUUUGGUUUUUUAGUAGUUAACCCUGCAGCAGGAAAUGUGUCCCAGUAUAGACAAACUCAUUCCCUGCACUUUUGAAAAGCAAUAAUAAUGCCGUAAAAUUUUAAGGCUGGACUGGUCGAUAUUUUUAUAUGAUUCACUACAUUUAAUGUGGAAUUGGUUGCUUGUAGUGAUAAAUCCACAUGACUGCACUUCAUCUCAGCUCUGUAGAGCUUUAACGCAUCUCUCAUCUCACUGUUUUGCUUUUAAAGACCUCAACUUUACUGGUACACAACUUUACUUUAUCAUCCUUCUAUCCAGCAGCAGCAGGCAGCUUUUUUUCAGUAAAAAAAAAGCUUGAAUAAACCCCCUGUACACUCCUGUCCAGCACCUAAUAGCAGACAGACAAAGCUGGUGAUCACAGUGGAGCAAUUAGCAGCUGAAGAGCUAAACAUUUUCCUCAGGAGUUGGUGGAGACCACACCAGAGAAAAAAGGAGCGUGAAUAUUGGACUUUUAUUCUUUGGGUGGUCAAAACCCAACUUCAGGUAAAUUAUAAUGUUACUGUGUGUUGGCUGUGUAAACCAGGAAUAGUUUACCAUAUCAAAUUUACAAGCCCAUAAUAUGUCAGGUGUUCUGUGAUAAAUGCUGCCCCUGAGUGGCCAAAAAAACUGAGUAAUGCAGUUUUCACCUUUGACCACAAAACACAGAAAAAAACCCCAUUGAAACCUUUGCUUUCAUUCUUCCAUCAUGACAACAGCAUUUUUACAAUGGCUACCGAUGACAUUCAUGUAACUAGCCGUCUUGUUGCACAAGCGUGUUUUGCAAAAAGUGGAGUCUUUCCCUGUCGGAUUGUGCUGCAUCAGCUGCUGUGGAUGUGAAGCAGGGGGAGGGCGACUGGGAUCUAGAGCUGCUCAGCUGGAGCUUAGCUUUCCCCAUCUGCCUGAAUGUCAGGACAGAGCAGAGCAGCGGGAGGGACGGAGAGGGAGAGUGUGUGUGUAAUGAUACUUAUAUACCCAAAUACCAAAUGUCCUCAAGGUUAGCAAGAUGAAAGGAAAUGAAGAAAAUCCCCCAACCUGAGAACAGUUUACCUGCUUUCACCUCUUCAAAGGCCAGUUUAGGGUGAAAGGAACAAUUCAGCCAUGAAAUGUUGUUAAAAACAGGUAAUGACUUUCAACAUUUCAUUUUGGAAUAUAUUAUUUUUACUAGCCUAUAUUUUUUAAUUCCCACUGGUGACAAACAAAGAAUGUGCAAGUUUGAAUCCCUUUUUUAAUUCCCCCAAAAAACUUGACCAAAAAUGUAGAUAGUGUAAAAACUAAACCGUGUUAUUUCACCACACACUCCUGCUAAAGAUUGAGAACCACACGAUGACUGAUGAAUAUAUGACCGCGUAUAGGUAGUAAAGGGUGGAUUUCUCUAGGCCACAUUUAGUGGUUGAGGCAGAAACAUAGCUCCAACGUGUGUGGUGAUAUCCUUACAGGUGUGUGUGUGUGUGUGUGUGUGUGUGUAUGAUUGUGCCUUCAUGACCAAGGAACGCUGUUUUUUUUUUUUUUUUUUGGUUUUCUUUUUUUACUUAUCCACCACUAGAGGGAGUAGAAGACCUCGGUUGUGUUUGAAGUGAGCAGUGUGUAACUGGAAAGUGUGUGUGUGUGUGUGUAUUACCACCAUCUUUACUUUUGUCAGUAUUAGUGUUUGCCUGAGAUCACAGUCAAGUCAUAUCUUGUACAGUCUGUUCAUAUUGUUCAGCGUACCUGUUUCUUUUUUUUGUUGUUUUUUUUAACCUGCUGUCAAAUCAAUAUGUGAAGUUUAACAUGUUUAACGUGCUGAUGAUCCAGUUUUACAGUCUGUACAGAAUUCCUGUUUAUAAUUUAUUUUGUAACUUGAGUUAAAUUGUUGUUUUAAGUUAUUUGACGCUGCAGGACUAAAUGACCUGAGAUGAAGCGUGAAGCCUUUGAAGUGUUGCCAAAGUUGUGAUGUUGAACUCACACACACAUGUAUUCACAGAUGAGAGUGUACAGUGCAGCAGUCAGGGUAGCUGUGAACUUAAUAAAACUAAACUGAAACCUG